AUGAUGUCUCCUUCUUUAUUACACGGUCUUCUUACUGGGAUUCUGCCGGAUCAUUGUGAACCAACCUCGCCCUUCCUGACCGCCGUCUCCUCACAUCUCCACAUCUGCAUCCCCACUCCUCUCGCGGCGAUCUCUUCCGUUUUGGGAACACUCAGCAUCAUUUCAUGGCUCUUCGCGCAAUUACCGCAGAUAUACAAGAACUUUCAGCUACAAUCGACGUCGGGGUUAUCAAUCUUUUUCUUGGUGAUCUGGUGUUUUGGUGAUGCAAGCAAUCUCAUUGGAGCACUAUACACCCGACAGGCAGGUUGGCAGGUAGUGGUUGCCAGCUAUUACGUUUUGGUUGAUAUCACCCUGGUAUUCCAGUUCUUCUGGUACACCCAUUACAAGGCUCGCCGGAAUGGUGAGUAUAGCAACCUGUCAAAUUCGCAUAAUUCAACUCGUCGAGGCGUCAUUCAAGGCGUGCCUCCUCCAGGCCAUGAAUCGGACUAUCAGACCUCGGGCCCCGUCGACAUGACCACCAAGCAUUCCGAAUUUAAAGAUAUUGGUGUUCAGGCCGGGUCAGUACUCAAUUCAUUCCGUGGAAAGACUGCCUCAUACUCAAAUGAGAAACUCAGUUCCUCACGUCGAUCUAUACGGAUGGCCAGCAGCGCGCAGACCCCACCUUUCGCACUUCCUCGAACUAUGCUCAUCGCUUCACUUCUCUGUGCUGUAAUUGCCAAUGCUUCCCCCACCGAGAAACCGCAUCCACCUAUUUCCGACGCACCCCGAGAGGCUAUCGUCGAGGUCGUUGGUCGCGUCUUUUCCUGGAUGUCAACAAUCUUGUACCUUGGUUCGCGCCCUCCACAGUUAUACAAGAAUUACCAGCGGAAGAGCACCCAAGGCCUAUCUCCAUUACUAUUUUUCGCCGCUUUCUGUGGUAACCUAUUCUAUUCCAGCUCGCUGCUUACCAACCCGAAUGCCUGGUCUGACAUGUCCCCGUAUGGCGGCGGCGGUUGGGCCGAUAACCAUGGCAAUGACCGCUUGGAAUGGAUUGGGCGUGCCACUCCGUUCUUCCUCGGUGCUUUCGGUGUCUUGGGACUGGAUGGAUUCAUGGGUGUUCAGUUCCUCAUGUAUGGCGAUGGUCCAGAGCAAGAGGAUGACGAAAGUUUCAUUAGCGGGGAUGGGAAUGAUCGCAAGCGUGGCCGUAGUCGCUGGAGAAGCGUUCAUGGCUGGAUGCGUGGCUGGAUUCCCUCUGCAUCGCCUCUGAGGAAUUCGGGAGUUCCAUCGGCUUUGCAAGAGGGACGAGGUCUGUUAGGCGCAGAGCGCAGUCGAUACGGGGCUGUCUGA